UUUCGCUGCGGUAUUGUAUACAUUCCCCCUUGAUCAUAUUAGACUGUUUGUGAACAUGGACCAUUCACCUCGGAAGGCUCGUUUCUUCAUUAUAAUGUUAAAUUUAUCUGCCAGAUCCAGAUGUACGACGAGGAGGUUGAAGAUUACGUUGACUUGGAUAUGCACAGCAACAUCCUAAACAAGGCCAAAAUAAGACUGGCACGGAGGAUAGCCCCUCAAAUGGAUCGUGCAGGCCCUGCGUUUGCUGUUCGAGGUGGAGGCAACACGGAAAUGACUCAGUCUAGGUACCCUUCUAGACAGUUGUACCGCGUAGCUGCCGAGAGGCUUGUCAGUGCAUACCCACACCUUGCUGACAGAGUUGGCAGCGGAAAUGGCCUGGUAAGUUUCAUACAUCCCAUACUGUCGCCAUACUUACAUUUCUAA